AUGACCCAAGACGCCCUUGCUUUCCAAUGCGCCGUUGUCACUGGGGGAGGAGGUGGUAUCGGCCGUGCAUUGGCUGAGUAUCUCAUCUCCAAGGGCAAAAAGGUUCUCAUUGCUGGCCGAACGGAGUCGAACCUCCAGUCAGCAGCCAAAGAUAUCGGCGCGGCAGGAUACUACGUUCUAGACACGGGCAAAACCUCCGAUAUUCCCGCCUUCGUUAAGAAAAUCACCAGCGAACACCCAGAACUCGACUGUCUGAUCAACAACGCUGGCGUCCAGCGACCCAUUGAAGUCCUCAAGAAUGACGAUUUCCUUGAAAAGGCUGAUCAGGAAAUCGACAUCAACAUCCGUGGACCAAUGCAUCUGGCUCUCAAUCUCAUCCCUCACUUCAAAGAGAAACCCAACGCCCUGAUCAUGAACGUCUCAAGUGUGCUGGGCUUCAUCCCUUUCUCCAUAAUCAACCCGGUGUACAACGGUACCAAGGCCUGGCUUCACUUCUGGUCUAUGAAUCUCCGAACGCAGCUUAGGGAUACCAAUAUCCGCGUCGUUGAGCUCGCGCCGCCAAUGGUGGCUACUGACUUGCACCGGGAGCGCGAGAACCCUGACGAUAAUAAGAAGGAGUAUUCGCCUCAAACAUUGACAGUGAAGGAGUUUAUGGAUGAGAUCACGCCCAAGUUCGAGAGAGGUGAUGAGACGAUUAGUGCCGGCAUGGGAGCAGGCGCGGUUAACAAGUGGUUUGAGACAUUUGGAGAGAAAUAUGAAGGGGCUGAGAAGGGGUACAAUAAAUAG